UACCGCUGAUGUGUAAACCAGAUUGACAGAUCAGCUGACCAAUAGGAGCGGCUAUAUGGGGAGAGUCACACAGAAGGCGGGGCUUCAGGACCCAAACAGGAAGCAAAGACGGCGAAGGAAAGUCUGAAGUCUGGGCUUUAAAAUGCAGACCUUUCUGGAGUUUUUAUGUGAUGUCGCAUCGACGUGUUAAUAAGGUUAAAGAUGUUUUCAAGGGCUCACAUAUGGCUGCCUUUAUUUAUGGUUUACCUUCUGGACCUGUGUGUAUUUGCAAAAGGGAAGUUAAAUGUGCUGUACAUAAUAGCUGAUGAUCUGAGACCCACUCUGGGUUGCUACUCUGAUCCAGUGGUGAAAUCACCCAAUAUUGAUCAACUUGCCUCUAAAAGCACUGUGUUCUACAACGCCUUUGCACAGCAAGCAGUAUGUGGCCCAAGCAGGACAUCUUUCCUUACAAGUCGAAGGCCAGACACCACCAGACUGUACGACUUCAACUCCUACUGGAGAGUCAGCGCAGGCAACUACACCACCCUGCCGCAGUAUUUCAAAUCCAACGGCUACACAACGCUGUCUGUGGGGAAGGUCUUCCAUCCAGGCAUCGCCUCCAAUCACACGGAUGAUUACCCAUACAGCUGGUCUGUACCACCGUAUCAUCCACCCUCUUUCAGCUAUGAAAAGAGGAAGGUUUGCAAGAACAAAGACGGCACGCUUCACAGCAACUUGCUGUGCUCGGUGAAUGUUUCUGAGAUGCCGUUGAGAACUCUGCCUGACCUGGAGAACGCAGCAGAGGCCAUAAGACUUCUCAAAGCUAUGAAAGAUACAGAAAGUCCUUUCUUCCUAGCAGUGGGCUUCUACAAACCUCACAUUCCCUUCAGGAUCCCAGCAGAAUACCUCAAGCUGUAUCCCAUUGAGAACAUGACACUGGCUCCAGACCCAGAUGUUCCUAAAAAGCUUCCCGAAGUGGCCUACAACCCCUGGACUGACAUCCGAAAGAGAGAGGACGUCCAGGCUCUGAAUGUCAGCUUCCCGUAUGGACCAAUCCCUAAAGACUUUCAGCUGCGUAUUCGACAGCACUAUUUUGCAGCCGUAUCGUAUGUGGACGCCCAGGUCGGGAAGAUCCUGCAGGCCCUCGAUGAUCUGGACCUGGCCAAGGAAACCAUUGUGGUGUUCACCUCAGACCACGGCUGGUCCCUUGGAGAACACGGUGAAUGGGCCAAAUACAGCAACUUUGACGUAGCCACCCGUGUGCCGUUAAUAGUGUACGCUCCAGGUGUGACCUCACCUCUGCCUUGGCCUGGGGAGAAAAUGUUCUCCUAUGUAAACGUGUUUGAAAACACACAGGAGCAGUUUGACGAAGGCUAUCUAGUGCGCAGCGUGGUGGAGUUAGUUGAUGUUUUCCCCACCGUGGCGUCUCUGGCUGGCCUCGCUUCCAUUCACCACUGCCAGUUCCCUUCCUUUAAGACCGACCUGUGCACGGAGGGUUCGAACCUUGCACAUCUCCUUGGGCGCCAUGAGCGCGUCGCCAACCACCAAGCGUAUGCCUUCAGCCAGUACCCGCGCCCGAGCGACACUAUCCGAGAUGACUCGGACCUGCCUUCGCUCGCAAAUAUCACCAUAAUGGGCUACUCUGCGCGCUCCACUGACUUUCGCUUCACUCUGUGGGUGGGUUUUGACUCCUCUUGCUUCUGUGCCAAUCUGAGUGACGUGCACGCCGGUGAGCUUUACAUCCUCUCCCAAGAUCCAAACGAGGACAACAACAUCUACUACGAACAGGAUCACGCCAAAGCGGUGAUGCUGAAACUCGGUAUCCGGCACCCGUGGACAGAAAGUCUCAAAGAGCAUAUGACGUACUUUAGAGAGGCUUUGAAAAGAUCACUUUUUAAAAACACACAGUUGACAAAUUGACAAGUGACGAUUUAUAUAGCUGCUGCUCUGAGAAAGGGAAGGAAAAAUACCUUUGCAACUCACAGAACAUCUUUUGUUGUAAUUUCUGAGGGAAUAUGAACACUUGGCCAGUUGUACACUGUACGUUAAACAAUGUGGUGUUGAACAGAGAUGAAACGUAACACAAGAAGGAGAAAUACAUUGAAUUUUAACAGACAGCGAUAAAGAGUUAGCGCUUAAAGAGGUCACUUAACUGAGACCAAUACAGAUUUUAGCAGUGUCGCAAAACACUGAUGAAAAACAAUUUAAAUCUAGAAUUUCAUGUCAUUCUCUCCUGCGGCAGAGUUAUCACGGAAAUACCACGGAGAGGUUUAAAUGUGAAAACUCACCAAUCAUAUUACUCAGGUGCACCUCAGAGAAUAGUUUAACAGUGAUGAAUGUUUUGUGUGAAUGAACAUCAAGAUAAGGGAAAUAAUUCUUCAUGUCUUUCAGUUAAACUUGCACUGUUUAGUGCUUCUCAUGCCUUCACCCAGUACACAGUGUUUUAAAGACCACCUUGUACCUUUUUUCAGAUUUUGUUUGUCUUCUUGCUCUGAGAAGCUGUUAGUUGCAACACCGCUUACUCCCACAAUACAUAAAUUACUUUGGAAGACGAAUAUCAAAUAUUCAUGUGGAAGCCAAUAAAUGUAUAUUUUUCAACCUAAACAAAACACAAAA